AUGCGCAUAAUAAAGGGGUGGAGCCCACCGCCCAGCUGCACGAUCGAGCAGCCCUGAAUUCUUCCAUUGGUUUCACGUCCGCCUCCAGGCUUGCAAUUUGCCCAUAGCUGUCACUACGUCUUCUGUCUCGAGGUAGAGAAACUAGGGCAGAGCGGAGGAGCCAUGUCUGCCACAGGAUUAGAUGCGGAGGUGGACGUCGAUACGAUGACGUUGACGAGGUACGUGCUCAACGAGCAGCGGAAGGUGAAGGGAGCGACGGGGAGCCUCACCAUGCUACUCAACUCCCUCCUCACCGCUAUCAAGGCCAUCUCCACUGCAGUGCGCAGGGCCGGAUUCGCCAAGUUGGGAACAGCAGUAGGAGUGGCCAACGUGCAGGGUGAAGACCAGAAGAAACUGGACGUGCUGGCAAACGACCUAUUUAUCAACAUGCUCAAGUCUUCCUUUGAGGUCGGAGUCAUGGUGUCUGAAGAGAAUGAGCAGUGUAUUGAAGUCACGGCUGCCGAGAGAGGGAAAUAUGUCGUUGCCUUCGACCCUCUGGACGGGUCUUCCAACAUUGACUGUCUCGUCUCCAUCGGCUCCAUAUUUGGAAUAUGGAAGAAAAUCUGUGAGGGACCAGCAUGUGAAGCGGAUCUCCUUCAGUCAGGGAGGGAGCAGGUAGCUGCAGGCUACGCCCUGUACGGCAGUGCCACCAUGAUCGUCCUCUCCACCGGACAAGGGGUUAACGGAUUCACUCUAGACCCAGCAGUAGGAGAGUUUGUCUUGACGGACCCAAACAUGACCAUUCCCAAGAGAGGCAAGAUAUUCUCCAUCAACGAAGGAUACACUCAAUACUGGGACGAGUCCACUACCAAGUACAUCGAGGAGUGCAAAAGACCCAAGGAUGGAGGGGCUCCAUUGGGAGCUCGCUAUGUCGGGUCCAUGGUGGCAGACAUGCACAGAACUCUCAAGUAUGGAGGAAUCUUUUUGUACCCUGCCAGCACGAAGAGCCCCAAGGGAAAGCUACGACUGCUCUACGAGUGUUGCCCAAUGGCAUACAUCAUAGAACAGGCAGGAGGGAAAGCUUCGAGUGGUGUGAAGCCGAUCCUCGAUAUUCAACCGACGGACAUCCACCAGCGAGCACCCAUCUUCAUCGGUUCCGUGGAGAACGUCGACGACUACCUCAGAAUCAGGGAUGAGUGCAACAAGGCCGAGAAAAAGUGAAGAAUCCCGCUUCACGAUUCUAAACCCUACAAUUUCCAAUUCUAUAACUUCUUUUAACAGUGAUUGGGGUAUUAUACAUUAAUAUUUGCUACUCUGACAUGAAAAAAAACAGUAUUGUGUUGCGCAGUAGUAUGUCUGAGACAAAAGUCUGUGAGAUAUGAACAUCAGAAAGGCCGUUUCUUGGCCAUUUGUCGGUAGAUUUGCUGCUCCACAUAGUGCACCUGGGCAUACAAGUCGGCACCAUCACUAUGGCUGGUGGCAAACAAUGCUCCCUAUGGCUACAAUUAAGGCAGUGACUCUAUGCUCUCUUCCACCUUCCCGCCAGAGUGUAAAAAGGCUAGCUAGAGAGACUGUCUCCCACAAUAUAACAUACCAUGUCCUCGGCCUCCAGCGCCCGGGUCUUGUGCGGAGAGUGCUCUCCGCCGUUAUCCGGCAACUCGAAGUGGUACAUGUCCUUCAGGCUCCCCACUUUCCCCCGGUACACAAAGCCGUGUUUGUCGGCCAGUUCUCUGGCCUUCGUUUCUCCUCCGCGCACCUCUACCGCCCAGCUGUCGGCGUAGCCACCCUCUCUCUUCUUCUGGCUCAUGGCAAGUACGGCUACUCCCAGGAGAACCACCGGCAGAACGAGACGCAUUUUUCUCUCACAUGCACUGUCGCUUGAUGAUGGUCAUUGGAACCACGCCCUUUAUACUGA